CCUUUACACGUAUCACACCCCGCGCUGGAUGGCAUAAUUCGCCCAUCUCAGCUGACUGCCUGGCUCCUCAUCAAAGCACCUGGUAUCACUCCUCCCUCCACUUUUCAUCAUCUUUGCGUUAAAUGCACUCGCAAGUCGCAACCGCAGCGCUACAUGGACCCAACACCCUUUCGUUCUCCGCUCAGAGGCUAGCCGUAUUGCGUGUCUACACGCGCUACAUAGCUAAUUAAACUCAAAUUUUUUUUUUGAAAAGGGAAAAUGUUUUUUUCUUGAGAAAUCAAAAACUCGAAACCCUAAUGUUUUGUUUACUUUUUUCACUCUCCUCUGCCAAGAUCACUCUCUUACCGAAUAUUUCUGGUAUGCUUUUUCUCCGAUUCUUUCUUUUUCUUUCUCGUUUCAAAAUCACUUGAUUUUCAGUUUCUUUUUUUUUUACACUUAUUUUUCUCUCAAAAAUUUUCAAAUGACUCUUCGUUUUUAAUGUGAAACGUCUUUACAUUUUAAUCCAAAAAACGCUUCGUUUCUGUAUCUCUCGGCUUCCUGCGUUGUUUUUCUUUCGCCAUUGCACUUGCUUUUGAUGAUUUCUUGGCUUAAGUUCUGUUUGUUUGCUGAGAAACUUUCGGCUAGAUUUUUUUUUUCUAGUAAGUGUUCAACUGGACGGAAUUUGGUAAUGCAGUAAGCUCGGUGAAAUGCAGUUGUUUGGUCUCUGAAACGACACUGUAAAAAGAAGAAAUUAGAAAGUUAAAGUUUUUUAGCGUUUCAAGAGUCAUUUAAAAUUUAAAUAAAAAAAUGUGGGAACAAAAAAGAAACUUUUUUUUUUUAGUUUUCGUUUGUGAAACUAAUCCCUGCCUUGUUUUCUGUCUAGGUUUCUAAAGGACUGAUUUGAACCUUCAAGGGUUUGGCUUGAUAAGAUAUACAGUUUAACCGGCUUCUCCUUUUUGCAUGCAAUCAUUGGGGCUUUAGCUUUUAGCUUUCUUUCUUGAACUUGAAUGAAAUGAUUUGAAAAUAUGGGGAUCUUCGCCUUUGGAUUAUUGUUCAAGUAUCUUAAUUUAGUUGUAGACUUCAGAAGUCAAAAAGAAGUGUUUGUUUCCCACUCUGAUUAAGGUUUAAAUAUUGGUGUUUGCAAGCCUGCAAAACUGAUAGCUGAUAAAGCAUCAUGGCACCAAACCCCAGAAUUGGGCGGGCCUUCCGCGCGAUGAAGGAACUGGGAAUUAGCGAGGAAAAAGUGAAACCGGUAUUGAAGAAGCUUUUAAAGCUUUAUGACAAAAAUUGGGAGCUAAUUGAAUCGGAAAAUUAUAGAGUUCUUGCUGAUGCUAUCUUUGAUGAGGAGGAUAGUAAGCAAGAGGAAGAUAUUGAGGAAGAAGGUUCAAUACCUGGUGAGCUAGUACGCCCCUUGAAAAGAGCACGCUUGAAAAACCAAGAAGGUCUGGCAUCGUGUUCUAAUACAAACGGCAGCUCAAAUGUUGCUGGAACCUUUUUAAAAAAGCCUAAAAUUGAGGAGGAUGAACUACCUCCUGCUUCUUUGCAACUGCAGUCACCUCAAUGCGGUGUUGGAAAUACAAGGACAGAUUUCCUGCCAGCUUCACCUGGUCCUGUUUCACAUCAGCCUGCUUCUCCUGCUCCUUUUUCACCCCAUCAUGGUGGUAGGAAUAAAGGGAAGCUAACUGUAGAACCUAGGCCUGUGCUAGAAAGAUCAGAACCAAAUUCACAUUCAUCUCAAAUGCAUGUUAGCUACAAAGGAAAGGAACCUAUGUCACCUCAUGUUGCUUCCAAUGGGAACGGCCUUGAGAGAGCAUCUCCCACCUUGCUCAUUAAAGAUCCAGCACCUGAGCCUGGUAUUAUUCCAAAGAAAAAGGUGCCUGAUACUCAUGCACUGAUCAUACCCAAGGAAGAGCCAUUUACUGAUGACAUUCCAGCGGAUGAGGUUCCUAUUGCGGUUAUUCAUCCAGAUUCUUUAAGCGGAAGAGAUUUGCCAAUUGGGGAUUUUUCAACUGGAAAAUCAAAUUGGCAGGAGCCUGCAGAAUCCCUUCAUGCAGAUGAAAUUGUAGGUGCUGGUGCUUCAGCUUCAACGAGUGAGAGGCGUAACAGUUGUGAUCUUGCUACUGUUCCUGGUGAAAAUUCUUCUAGCCUAGAAAUUGCCUCAUCGCCAUUGGGAGAGGUGAAGAUUUCUCUAAGCUACAAUUCUGCUCUUGGAAGACCAAAUUUCCAAUUGCCUAGUAUAGAUGAACUAAGAGAACUGAUGGAGCAGAAAUGUCUCCGAUCAUAUAAACUUAUUGACCCAAAUUUUGAUGUCAUCAAAAUUCUGAGUGAUAUGUGUGAGUGCAUCUCGGAAUUGGCAACUAAUUCCUCUAAUCAAUCGCAGGAAGGUAAUGUGAUGCCAGCUCUUGAUGUAUUAAACAAAUCUCCUGCAAGGGAUGCUCUUGAUGCCGAGAGCAAUAAGGAAAAUGGUUUCUUGCUAGCUAGGAUGUUAAAUGGAUCUUUCAAUGUUCAGUUCUCUGCAAAUGGAUGUGUUGACAAUAUGGGGGGGAAGGAAUUGGUUGUUGUUUCACCGCAUCAACUUACACCUAAUGAAUUAAGGUGGCUUCAUGAUGCAAGUGACAUAACCAAAGGAGAAGAAGAAGUUGAAAUUUCAUGGGUAAAUGAAAUUAAUAAAGAUUUUCCACCACCGUUUCAAUAUAUAUCAGAGAAUCUGGUAUUUCAAAAUGCUCAUGUUAGUUUUUCUCUUUCUCGAAUUGGAGAUGAAAGUUGUUGUCCGACAUGUUUUGGGGAUUGUCUCUUGUCCCAGCAGCCUUGUGCAUGUGCUUGUCAAGCUGGGGGAAAAUUUGUGUAUACUUCAGCAGGUGUUGUCAGGGAGGACUUCUUAGAAGAGUGUAUUUCUAUGACUCAUGAUCCUCAACAACAAUGUCUCCUUAAUUGUACAGAGUGCCCCCUUGAGAGAUCAAAGAAGGAUGACUUUCCAGAACCUUGUAAGGGUCACCUAAAGAGAAAACUUAUCAAAGAAUGUUGGAGCAAAUGUGGCUGCAAUAAGCAGUGUGGCAAUAGGGUGGUGCAGAGAGGUGUAAAUUGCAAAUUGCAGGUGUUUUUAACACCUGAGGGAAAAGGUUGGGGCCUCAGAACCAUAGAGAAGCUUCCCAAAGGAGCUUUCGUUUGUGAGUUUGUUGGAGAAAUACUCACCAUCUCUGAGUUGUACGGAAGGAACAUAGAGAAACAUACUUGUCCAAUCUUGCUGGAUGCUUAUUGGGGGUUGAAGGGAGUUUCUAAGGAUGAAGAAGCCCUCUGUUUAGAUGCCACAUGUUAUGGAAAUGUUGCUAGGUUCAUCAAUCAUAGAUGCUUAGAUGCAAACUUGAUUGAAAUUCCUGUUGAAGUGGAGACUCCAGAUCUUCAUUAUUAUCAUCUAGCCUUCUUCACAACAAGAGAAGUUCAUGCACUUGAAGAGCUGACUUGGGAUUAUGGUAUUGAUUUUGAUGAUCUUGAUCAUCCUAUUAAGGCAUUCCGGUGCAGAUGUGGCAGUAAGUUUUGCCGGAACAUGAAACGUUCAACUAGGUCUAAAUCUGCAAUAAUCACCAGAUGAACUGAUUCUUGGUCAAGACAGUCGUUUUGGGAUGCUUUUGCAUGGUUUAGAUUGAUAGAGCUCUGAGGCACUUUUGUAAAUGGACUUGCUGCAAAAAGCAAAUGCUAGUUGCCUUGAUUAAGUCUCUAGGUCAAACCCUCAGGAUUUUUGCUAACUCAUGGGUUAUUUACUACUUUUUGUCUAAUGAUACUAGGUACAGUAAACCAGGUAAAUGGUGCAUUCUGUUUUAGGGCUGUUCUACAACAGCAGGGGUUGAAUACUGGGACCAAAUUGUCUGAACAAUGAAUUCCAGUGGCAAUUUAUACAUGCUGUUUUGGUGUCAUUUUCCUUUGAA